AUGGGUACAGAGCGUUGUAGUAUUGCCAGAGCGUUAGCUUACAUUCUCUUCCUCUCCAUCUUGGUAGUGUCAACCCUAUCAGUGACAUAUGAGGAUUGUGAGGCCACUAGGUGUAGCAGGAGUGGUCCGAACAUAAGCUAUCCCUUUUUUGUUGCUGGAAGUGGGCAGGAACUUUGUGGCUACCCCGGCUUCAAGGUUAGAUGUGAAGGAGGGGAAAUUAUGUAUGGCAGCUUCCCUAUCCGAAGCAUCUCUUAUGAGAAGCAAUCCUUUCGGUUAGCAACUCGGUAUAUGAAUGACACUGGUUGCUUCGUUCCUCGUCCCAACACCUAUUAUCACUAUAAUCUCUUCCAGAAAUCCAGUUCACAGUAUUACCUAAAGUUCUUCUAUGGCUGCACUGAUACAUUUUCUACAGAUUUGCCUCAAUCUCGGCUAAAUUGCACUUCUGAUCAAUUAAAUUACACGUUUGUUCUGCUAACACAUGGGGAAGAAUUGGCAGUACCGAAGGAUGGAGACUAUAAUUCAAGCAGUAGAAUACCAGUUGAACUGAAGGAGGGAAUCCCCAACCCAACCAUAAAUAGUGUUGACUACAGGGAGCUCCUGAAGGAUGGGUUCGCAUUGGACUGGACAUUGUUGACCAAUAAGGGUUGUGCCAAGUGCAUACACAGUGGAGGCCGAUGUGGCAGAUCAAAAGACCGAGACUUUGUUUGUCAUUGCUCUGAUGGAUCUAGCCGCGAAAAUUGUGACGCUGGUAAAGGUAACAGCUUAUUGAAGAAAGGUGCCAUUGUUACUUCAUUAUGUGGGGUGUGUGCUGUUGCAAUGAUUCUAGCAUAUCUUUGUAAAAAGAGAUUUUGCAAUAAAAAAUCCAUGGUCCCGUGGAGCAAGAAGAUGAAUGGGUUUGAUAUAUUUGAGGUUGCUUUUGAAAAUGAUGGGAUGCCAAUUCCGAGAAGAUAUUCUUAUGCUGAGAUCAAGAGAAUGACGAACUCAUUCAAAGAAAAGCUUGGCCAAGGAGGCUAUGGUUCUGUGUACAAAGGCAAUCUCCCAAAUGGUCGUCUUGUGGCAGUGAAGAUCCUAAGCACACUAAGAGGAAAUGAUGAAGAAUUCAUCAAUGAGGUAAAUAGUAUAAGAAGAACUUCCCAUGUCAACAUUGUUAAUCUACUAGGUUUCUGCUUUCACAAAAGCAAAAGGGCUCUUGUCUAUGAGUUUAUGGCCAGUGGAUCUCUAGAGAAAUUCAUAUAUGAAGAUAACUAUAGCAAGCUAGGUCAUUGCCACCUUGGAUGGGACACCUUGUACCAAAUCUCCCUAGGCAUUGCUCAAGGACUCGAAUACUUGCACAGAGGUUGCAACUCAAGAAUAUUGCACUUCGACAUAAAGCCGCAUAACAUUCUUCUUGAUGAAAAUUAUCACCCCAAGAUCUCUGAUUUCGGCCUUGCAAAAAUAUGCCAUCAAGAUGAGAGCACCAUCUCACUAUUUGGUGCGCGAGGAACGGUGGGGUUUAUUGCCCCAGAAGUGUUUUGCAGGAACAUUGGCGGAAUAUCUCACAAAUCGGACGUUUACAGCUUUGGUAUGACGGUGCUUGAGAUGGUCGGCGGGAGGAAAAACAUAGUGGCAGGUGUUGAUCGAACCAGCGAAGCAUUCUUCCCGCAUUUGAUUCACAAGCGUCUUGAACUUCAGGAAGAGCUUGGACUGCAGAAUAUUGUGAAUGAAGGAGACAGAGAGAAGGCUAGGAAGAUGAUAAUAGUGAGCUUGUGGUGCAUACAGACCAAUCCUUCAAAUAGGCCGAUGAUGAGUGAGGUGGUGGAUAAAUUAAGAGGCAGUGUUGAUUGCUUGCAGGUUCCUCCCAAGCCCUAUUUGUCUUCUCCAUCCAUAUCAUUACCAACUAGUUCAAUGUCCAUGACUAUGUGA